GUCGGAACAAUAUGAGGGUGUAGGGAGCAACCCUAGCAGCUGCGCGUUACUGGCGUACGCAUCACGAGGGCGCAUACGAAGGCCCACCUGGUUAUGCGCGCUCCCCAUUCAACUCGGUAUCGACCGGUCGUUCGCGUUUCGUUUUCCGCCUAAGUACAAAAUCGAAAUCCCUCGGAUCGGCGGAAAAAGGGAACAUAGGGCCGAGGCCAAUCGGGAUAACAUAAAAUUGUCGAUCUGCGACGUCGUCGUCGACGAUGUGCGGGCGCGAAAGUCGACGGCGUCCGUGUUUUUCGUGUGCGCGUUCAACGAUAGAAGAAGCGUCGCGACGGCGGACGCCGCCGCUGUCAUAAACAAAGUGCGCUCAUGGCGUCCGACCGGUCGUCCAUUUUUGCGCGCAAUCGGCCGACGAUUAUCGUCAAUUCGACAUGCUAGUGCGUGAGGUGGUUCGAUUUUCGUCGCGAUGAUGGAUAAUAUCGGUAAGAUGAUCGAACACCAGGCGCUGAACGAACAGGGGGUUGAUGUUAAUGAAACAGUAGACGCGCAGUCCGUACGCAUGAGGCUCGUACCGAGGGCCGUUGUCGAGAGGCGGUUAGUGAAGCAAGAGGAGGCCGACGGAGCCCUAUCCGUCAUCGUCCAGGCCCAGGAGGAGUCCAGGGACUCGGAGCUCCUUAGUCCUGGAAAACUUUCCCCGACGUCAGUCAGCGUCGCCAACAUGAUAGACACCACCGACUUUCGCACGUUACAACCUGAACCGACGUAUCAGACGCUGACGUCCGUUAACGGGAGAAUGUCGCCCCCGGGGUACAGCCCCAGUUCGUCUUAUGCGACGUUGACGCCGCUACAGCCGUUGCCCCCCAUCUCAACGAUGUCCGACAAGUUCGCGUACGGACACGCUAGUAAUGUUACCGGUUCCUUCACCGUCAUGCAAAACAACGGUUUGGGUAUCGGCCUGGGUUUGGGAGUGAACGUAAACACCGCGUAUGCGAUGCCUAACAUGGACAUCACGCCCCCGCACAACUACUCGUCACCGGGAAUGGGCAUGCAACAGCAACCGAGCCCCAUCAGCCCCCAAAGCGCCUAUAGCCAAAACGGAUUACCCUCGCCUCAGAAGAGCAUGUCGCCCCCGAGUUACGAUUCCCCGUACGGGACUCAACGUGAGCUCGUAGGAAGACAACUUCAGAGUCCUCAACUCAGCCCUCCGUCGGCAUCUUUGAACUCGCCCGGUGGUAGUUUGGUAACUAGUUUUAGUGGUGCAACUCUGAACGGACUGACACUUCAACACCAUCCACCGACGUUGGUCCAAAUCGCAGCACCUCCUCAAAGGGAAUGUUCGCCCUCGCCGCCAGUUCUAAGUCUCCAGCAACAACCCGCGCAACAACAGCAACAACAGGUCCAACAACAAAACCAACAACAACAACAGUCCGUUCAGCAGAUUCCUGCCAAAGGAUCCUCGCAGAACGCACUCAACGUGACCACGAUCUCAACGGACGUCGAGGAAAUUAACACCAAAGAAUUAGCGCAAAGGAUCAGCGCCGAAUUGAAGCGAUAUAGUAUACCGCAGGCCAUCUUCGCCCAAAGGGUUUUAUGCAGAUCCCAAGGGACGUUAUCGGACCUGUUGAGAAACCCGAAACCGUGGUCGAAACUCAAAUCGGGACGCGAGACCUUCAGGAGGAUGUGGAAGUGGCUUCAAGAACCCGAAUUUCAAAGGAUGUCCGCCCUGAGGCUUGCAGCUGCACAGAUACCUCAACGAGGCAACAAUGAAGAAUUUCUUUGUUCUUCAUUAGGUUGCAAGAGGAAAGAAGACAAUGCGAAUCAAUCAGAUCAAAUACCUACACCCAAGAAGCCCAGAUUGGUUUUCACCGACCUACAACGUCGUACACUUCAGGCUAUUUUUAAGGAAACAAAGCGACCGUCGAAAGAGAUGCAAGUGACAAUUGCAAGACAGCUAGGACUGGAGCCAACGACGGUUGGAAACUUCUUCAUGAACGCGAGAAGACGGUCUAUGGAUAAAUGGAAAGACGAAGAUCCGAAGGCGGCGAACACGAUUUUGCACCAACAGUUGUCGCCGGGUAUGGACCACGACGACCAAGAUAACGAUGUAGAUUUAGACAAUGAAGUCGACGAGGAUGACGUGUUGUGACAUGCGUUCCGUGAUCGACAACUAUUGAUGCUGUGAACAUUGUUGCAACACUCGCGUGCGACCAGCAAAAUAAAACAAAAUAAUAAGUAUAAAGUAAAAAUAAAAGUAUAAAAUAAAGUAAAAAAAAAUAAACAAGGAGACGAUGAAAAAUAACAUGAGAAGACACAAAGAUAAAGGGAGGAGAACAGAGAACCUCGUUCGACUGUGGCAGGAUGUAUUUGACCUAUAGGGGUUCACUUGUUUUUAUAUUUAUAUGAAUCUAUGUUAAUAGUGACCAGAUCUCUAAAAAAGUUCAACGUGAUGAUUGAAAACUACUAGUCAUUUGUUGAGAUUUAAAAAGAAAACUGUAAUAGAUGUAAAACGACGAAAAAAAAACAUUCUCGUGUAACAUUCCUACGUAAAUUUAAAUAUUUUGUACAACCGGAACGAGAUGGACGACUCGAAGUGUUAAUUUCUUUGGUUGUAAAGUACACUUGUGAUAAUAUCAGGUUCGUAAAUAAAAAAGAAAAUCUUAACAUUCCUUUUCGAAUAUUUCCGUUAUUGUUUGGUUUAGUAAAGGGUGCUUUAAAUAUAAAACGGCGAUUUUUCCCAUUCAGAUUGCUUCAAGUACACCAUUUUUUUAUAUUCAUAAAUAUAGUGCGCGUCAAAUGUAACCCUUUCCAUCAAAUUUCACAAACGAUUUUUAUUUUUUAUUACCCCAAAUGUUUUAGUAAACAAAAUUGUUUGAGUUCAGUUAAUCUUUUCUAACCGAAUGAAAUCUGCAACUUAUUUGUUAGUUGCAUUAAGAGAUAAAUAAUACUGUACUUUAUUAAUAUGGAAACGUCUCAAUGAUUAAAGAAUUCAGUAUUUGUUACAGUAGUAAAUUCCAUUUGUUUGAAAAGAAGAUAUGAGGUGAAAUUUUUAUAUAUUCCUAAAGAAAAUGAUGUUCGUCUUAUUUAAUUCUAUUAGAAAAUACUGUAUGUAAUAUAUAGAGUUUACAUAAAAACAUUUCACAUUAAAAUAGCAGGGCUAAUAUAAAAUAGAAAUCGACGUGUUUUGGCUCAUAACGAAACAAUGAACCGUUUUUGAAUCAAUCAUGUGUUAAAAUUAUGCAUUUAGCUACAAUGCAUAGACAAGUCCACUCGAUUUAGAGACUGAUAUCUUCGCAACCGUUCGAUAAAAAAAAUUGCGCCAAAGUUUGUUGUAAUCCCUGAACAUUUCAAUGUAACAUAUGUAUGUAUAUGAAUUAGAAAAUUUUGCGGCGCCGCGUUUUUCUUUUUAUCACGAAUUAAAUGAAAAAGUACCCGAUUUUUGAGGGUAUCGGCAACUUUGUCCACCUUGCGAUUUUUUUUCUCAAGAACUGUCGAACAGUGGUAGCUUGCCUGAUCGACCAAAAAAUUACGUCUUUUGGUCGGUUAGUUUUUGAAAAAAAACAUCGCAAAGUUGAGAAAGUCGGCUAUCUUUUUCGAUAAAUUCGUGAUAUAAAAAAACCGUUUAGCCGAAAUUUUUCAAAUUCAUUUAUGUUACUUAGAAAUUUUCAGUGAUUACAACAAACAUAACCGCUAUUUUUUUCAUCAAGCGGUUACGAAAAAAUCGACCUCUAAAUUGAGGGGCUUUGACUUUGAAAUUUUAAUUAAUAAUUUUUCAUAUAUCGGUUUAAUUUUGUUCGGGUAUGUUAGGAAAUGUAAUGAUUGUGUUCCAUCUUGAGGUUUAGUUGUAAAAAGUAAGCAUAAGCUGGCUAAAAUGAGCUGUUUUAGACAAAUCCCGAGGUGGAUUCAACUAUAUUUUAAAAUAUGUAAUGUUUAGUUAUUUGAAGAUUCUGUUUGGGAAAAAAAUAUGUUAAACGUUUCAAAUCAAAAAAAAAAAAAGAAAAAGAAUUAAAUAAAUUGCGAAAGACAAUAAAAUAAACGUUAAGCCGUCGUAGUCACUUAUAAAGCAUUCUGCACGUGUAAAUAGUAAAAAAAUACUAUUUAUAUAUUUAUUAAUUUAUUUAUAUUAUAAUAUCGUUCCAAGUUUUUUUAUAUUGUAGUUUUUUUACUUAUUAAUGAUUUAUGGGCGCUUUUGUUUGUUUGAAAUACAGGGACGUGCUUCCAAAAUUAAAUACUUAAUUUUUAAAAUCGGAGUUACAGUUUGUGAAGCGAUUUAUUUUUUUAUUUUAUACUGUAUUAAUUAAAGUUCCAACUUUGUAAAUGUUGUGUAUGCAUUAAUUUAGUUACAAUUGUGAUCCUGAUUUUUUUUACUGUUUAUUACAUAGAUUUUUUUCGUUUUUUACGAAUAGGUCAAAUACAACAAGAUAACUUUACAUAAAAAAUACAAGAAAAUAGAACGCAGAUGUAUUUUCUACACAAAAUAUGUACUUAGGUGAACAAAAAACCUUUUAGGGUAAAACAAGAUUAUAUUUUAGCACAAAAAUUUGGUAUAUUAAUGUCAUGGAUGAUACGUUUUUGUGUAAGGGAAAUACCGCGUGUUCUUAAAAAAUCGAGGGUACACUGUGCCCGUAGAGCACCUAUUUUGCGUACCAAAAAAAUUAAAAAAGAGGUUUUCUUAAGAGAAAAUGUAUUAUAUUAAUUGUAUAGCUUUUUUUGUUUUCUUUUUAUUGAAAAAAUUAAAUACUUAGAAAUAAAUAGAAAGUAAAAAAUAAUAACAAUAAUACCAACUAUGCUAUAGUUGUACACUUGUGAUUUAAUUAUUAUUAUUAUUUAUAACUUAGGAGGCUUUAUUAUUUAUUUAUUUUUUUAAAGUUUUAUACCUCUUUAUUAUUUAAAAUAUAAGUUUAUUACUUAGACCGGCGUAGUUCUUUUGUUUACACUUCGUGUUUUUCUUAAUAAUUUUUUACGAGUAGAGAAUGACCAAAUGUUGUUAUUAUUUUUUCCUUUUUUUAGUUUGUACAUAAAUCUAAAUGAGAAAAAUAUGUAUAUUAAAAUGACGUAUGAUCAGGAAUCACUUUUGCUACUAAAUUGGUCGAGACGACCGGUCAUUUUUGUAUGUUGGGCGUAAAACAUCCCUUAGCUUUCAAAUUGAGCUUUGUAGAUAUUUACAAACAAGAAACUAAUAAUAACUUUUGUUUAUAAAUAAAAAUCAGUAUCGAUGUACGGUUAUUUAUAUAUUAAACAAAAAUAGACACGGUGACAAUGUUUUGGUGUCACAAAAUGCCUUAAUACCAUGUAGAUUGAAAGAAAAAAACAUUGUUUACAAAUUAGUCAGCACUGUCUUUCCUGUAAUAGUUCAUUUCUAGUCAUUUUUAAAUAAAAAACGGAAAAACAUUUAGUUUAGUGAAGAACUAACCACUUGACAAAUAAAUACUCUCGAACAGCCAAUAUUUGAAAUGAUAAUAUUGGCUGUCCAACCUGGCGGGUGCUGUAUUUUUUUUUAAUGUAUUGUUUUGUGAACUUUGUGCAAUCCCCACCUAUUAGUGUUGACAGCACCCUCUAGUCAUUGAUUGUGUGUAAUACAAACUGUUCUGCACGACUAUGCACCUUAUUUACUAUUUAUUUUUAAACGUCGACGGUGGACAGAUAGAAAAAAAUAAUAAAAAAAAUUAUAUUCUUAAUUAUUACGUAUAGGGAAGGGAGAAUUCCGCAGCCAACCCAAAUCAAGGUUUCGUGAAAUAUUUUUAUUUUGGCCACACCCCGAAAAUAAUUAAAGAAAUUACUAAAAGUUAAAAAAAAUAUAUUUAAUUUUUAGUGCAAUAGUCAGUCAAGUGUAUGAAAAUGGCAAUACCAUAUCCAAUGAAAUAAGGUAAAAAUGACGAUACAAAGUGUAUUUCGUGGGCAACACGAAUGGACACAGUUCUGUAGAAAAUAGCAUUGAUUAAAGAAAUAUUUAAAAUAAA